UUCCAUUUUGGGGUCCUGUUAGUGACUUCGUUCCACGUGAAUCUCAGUCCGAAUGCCUUGCUAUAAUACAGUAAAGUAGAGUACUGUUGUGAAGUUGAUCAGAACUGUUUGUAAUCUGACAACCUUCAGAGUAGAUUAUUUAAGCAUUCCUUCGUAGAUGAAACUCGCAUAGUAAGAUUUAUUCGUCUUUGCAGGGUACCAUGUCAAUGUUCCGGAAAAAAGUAGACAAUCGGAUCCGUGUUCAGAUCGAGAAUGGCAUGUUGCAGCAGCAUCGUACCUUAUAUGUUGUAGUGGGAGAUCAUGGAAGAGAUCAGGUGGUCAUUCUUCAUCACAUGCUCUCCAAAGCCACAGUAAAAGCCAGACCAUCCGUGCUGUGGUGCUACAAAAAAGAACUGGGAUUCAGCAGUCAUCGUAAGAAACGGAUGCGUCAGCUGCAGAAGAAGAUUAAGACGGGAACUCUGAACCUGAAGGAAGACGACCCCUUUGAGUUGUUCAUCGCCGCCACAAAUAUCCGCUACUGCUACUACAAUGAGACCCACAAGAUCCUGGGAAACACGUAUGGCAUGUGUAUCCUCCAGGACUUUGAAGCCCUGACUCCGAAUCUCCUGGCACGUACUAUUGAAACCGUUGAAGGGGGGGGACUCGUUGUCAUCCUGCUCCGGACCAUGAACUCCCUCAAACAGCUUUACGCUAUGACAAUGGAUGUACACUCUCGAUAUAGGACUGAAGCACACCAAGACGUGGUUGGAAGGUUCAACGAAAGGUUCAUCUUGUCCUUGGCUUCCUGUCAAAAUUGUGUCGUCAUUGAUGACCAACUCAACAUCCUGCCCAUCUCUAGCCACAUGGCCAACAUCAAACCCAUCCCUCCAAAGACUCAGGAGGAGAGUUUGUCUCCUCGGGAGCUGGAGUUAAAGGAACUUAAGGAGUCUCUACAAGACACCCAGCCUGUGGGAGUCCUAGUGGACAACUGUAAGACCCUGGACCAGGCCAAGGCCGUGCUGAAGUUCAUAGAGGCGAUUUCGGAGAAGACGCUGCGGAGCACAGUGGCCCUGACAGCUGCCAGGGGCCGGGGCAAGUCUGCCGCACUGGGGCUGGCCAUUGCUGGCGCUGUGGCAUUUGGCUACUCCAACAUCUUUGUGACUUCCCCGAGUCCGGACAACCUGAACACCCUAUUCGAGUUUAUCUUCAAAGGCUUCGACGCUCUUCAGUACCAGGAGCACCUAGACUAUGAAAUCAUCCAGUCCCUGAAUCCGGAGUUUAAUAAAGCCGUCGUCCGAGUCAACAUCUUCAAAGAGCAUCGGCAGACUAUUCAGUACAUCCACCCUGGUGACGCUGUGAAGCUCGGCCAGGCGGAGCUGCUGGUGAUUGACGAGGCUGCUGCUAUUCCUCUGCCUCUGGUGAAGAAGCUGCUGGGGCCAUAUCUGGUGUUCAUGGCUUCUACCAUCAAUGGGUAUGAGGGAACCGGCCGCUCCCUCUCCCUGAAGCUCAUCCAGCAGCUCCGGACACAGAGUGUGGACAGCCAGCAGAGCCAUUCUGCCGAGAACAAAAACACCAGCAUGACCCGGCUGGCCGCCGCCCGCACCCUUCACGAGGUCUCCCUCCAUGAAUCAAUCCGCUACGCGCCAGGGGACCCGGUGGAAAAGUGGCUCAACGACCUUCUGUGCCUGGACUGCUUGAACAUCCCGCGAAUCAUCUCUGGCUGCCCCCUGCCUCAGACCUGCGAGCUCUACUAUGUAAACAGGGACACGCUGUUCUGCUACCACAAGGCCUCUGAGGCCUUCCUUCAGAGGCUCAUGGCUCUUUAUGUGGCAUCACACUACAAGAACUCACCUAAUGACCUCCAGAUGCUCUCUGAUGCACCUGCACACCAUCUGUUUUGUCUCUUGCCUCCGGUUCCCCCUACCCAGAAUUCUUUGCCAGAAGUACUGGCAGUGGUACAGGUCUGUCUUGAGGGGGAAAUUUCACGCCAGUCCAUCCUAAAUAGCCUGUCCAGAGGGAAGAAAGCUUCAGGGGAUCUCAUACCCUGGACCGUCUCAGAACAGUUCCAAGAUCCUGAGUUUGGCAGCCUUUCUGGAGCAAGGGUGGUACGCAUUGCUGUGAAUCCAGAUUACCAAGGGAUGGGCUAUGGGUCUCGUGCCAUGCAGUUACUGCAGAUGUACUACGAGGGUCAGUUCCCAGUCUUGGAUGACACCGUGCAACCUGUUUCCAGUGAAAUCACUUUGGUUAGCAGUGAGGCGGUCGGCCUCCUUGAAGAAGUGGUGAAGCCGCGGAAGGAUCUGCCCCCACUGCUGCUCAAACUGAGCGAGAGGCGAGCAGAGAGGCUGCACUAUCUGGGAGUGUCCUAUGGGCUUACAGCCCAGCUACUCAAGUUCUGGAAACGAGCUGGAUUUGUUCCUGUUUAUUUAAGACAAACCCCUAAUGACCUGACAGGAGAGCAUUCAUGUGUGAUGCUGAAGGAGCUCAGUACAGAGGAGGGUCAGGAGCAAGGCCAGUGGCUCCAUGCCUUCUGGACUGACUUCCGCAGACGCUUCCUGUCUCUGCUGUCCUAUCAGUUCAGUAGCUUCCCCCCAAGCUCGGCUCUUAACAUACUGCAGAACAAGAACCUCAAGGAGGAAGCCCUGCCAGGACUCAGCAGCUCAGAGUUGGCCACACAGUUCACUCCCUAUGACCUGAAGAGGCUUGAGAUGUAUUCCAGAAACAUGGUGGACUACCACCUCAUCAUGGACAUGAUCCCGGCUCUGUCCAGAAUGUUCUUUCUCAAGCAACUGGGCGACGUCUCUCUCUCUGCAGCCCAGUGUGCUCUGUUACUAGGUGUUGGGCUGCAACACAAAACGGUGGAUCAGCUAGAACAUGAGAUCGGCCUUCCCAGCAGUCAGCUCAUGGGCCUCUUCAACCGCCUCAUCCGCAAGGUGGUGCAGUACUUCAACAGAAUCCAGGAAAAAGCAGUAGAAGCAGACAUGGUCACAUCAAAAGAGGUCACCAUGGAACCAACUGUGCGAUCGCUCAGUGAGGACCUGGAAGAGGCAGCUAAGGAGUUCAAGGAGAAGCACAAGAAGGAGAUGGAGCAGAUCAAGGAGAUGAAUCUUACAGAGUACAUGAUCCGAGGAGAUGAUGAGGAGUGGGACCAGGUGUUGAAGAAAGCAGGAGACAGUGCUAUCAUCAGCAUAAAGAGUAACAAGAAGAGAAAACUGGAUGGUGGAAACAAGCAAGAGCAGAAGCCACACAAGAAACUGAAGAAGGGCAAAGAUAAAAGGGGGAAAUUCUCCAAGUAACCUUCCAUUGUUGCCAUGAUCUUCAUGGUACAGACUUAACUACAGCCUGUGUGUUCACAUCAGAACUGGCUUAUCUUCUGCAGAGAAGCUUUUCUUUGUGAUAAAUGCUGAAGUUAAGCCUAAGAACACCAAGACCGUAGGAGCUAGUCAUUUAAGUCCCUUGGAAGGACGGCCUAGAUUUGUAUCAUAUGAAGAAACUCUUUUUUUUAAUCAGUUUUUUGUUUAAAAUAUCAACCAGUCUUGCAUGUAGUUCUGUUUAAAUGUGCCAGGCUGAAUAAUUGGUUUUAUUUGUCACUUUCGGUCCAUUUUUGUUGUGUUCCAUGAGUAAGUGGGAGGGAGGUUAAGUGAUUAAGUAUUUUAUUUAUGUUCAGUAGGCUGGCCAACCAGGAGGCAUGGAAAUGUUUUAAGAUGCUUCGGGGAAUCCCUCUUUCCCGACUCAAACUGCAACUCCUGCUCGAUUUUCAGCAUGCAUGCACACCACCUUAGCAGGCAGAGAUUUCAGUAUUCCUUCAUGUCCGGUUCUAGUCAGCGGUAAAUCAGGUCAAAAGCAGCAAAACAUGUGUUUGGGUAUUGCGUAAGAGGAGCAAAAGAAAUAAGAACCACAGUAACCCUAGAACCAACAAUUAUCAUGGUUUAAGAGGCCCCACAGGCAAGGUUAUUGCGGGCUACAUUUGCGUCAAGCUUACUGGGCCAUCAUCCAGUGCCUUGAAAAUGGCGGAAUUGAUGGAUCUUUUCACUACUUCAGAAAAAAUAAGGAUUAUUAUCGACACCUGAUAUAAUUUUGGGACAUAUUGCCCCAAAAGUGAAGCCGCAGUGCAGUAUGGCAGCAUUGUUAGAUUUUCACGUCUCUAGAAUUAACUCGGAAUGGUACAAGAAAUGAAAACAUCCAGGAGGUGACAUUUCUGUGGACAGAGAUGCCUUGUUGCUGGGAGAGGUUAGAGGAGAACGGCCAAACUGGUUCAAGUUGACAGAAUGGCUACGGUAACUCAGGUAACCACUCUGUACAAUUAUGGUGAGUAGGGAAAGAUCUCAAACACAACAUGAGGAGGUGGAUGGGCUACAACCACUGAAAACCAUGUCAGGUUCCACUCCUGUCAAAAACAAAGCACCAUGUCGCAAAGCAAAAGUAACCUCAAAAUAGUUUCAGGAACAUGACUGAAUUUAGUGGUCUUCAACGCCCUACCCAUCACCAGAUCUAAACCCAAUAGAACACAUUUAAGAUGUGGUAGAACAGGACAUUCUCAGCAUGGAUGUACAGCUGACAAAUCUGCAGAAACUGUAAUGCAAUAAUGUCAACAUGGAUCAAAAUCUCAAAGGAAGGCUUCCAACAUUUUAUGGAGUCCAUUCCAUUUUGUGAGACCAACGGGAGGCUUUACUAAUGAAACGUUCCUAAUGAA